UAACUCAGUUGUUCCAGCGAGUAGACAAAUAUAGUAGGCAAAACACACGUAGCAAAGUUUCCCGGUUUGCACCGAGUUUACAACCAGAAAGCGAAGUCCACAUGAAUGGAAUACCCAACGAGCAAGUAGGUAUCCAAGGAACCAGGAUGAACGACGAUGAAGCAGCGCCUUCCGGCCCGGGUAGCCCAUUCGUUCGAGAGUCCACGCCGAUGUUCACCAUUUAUCGCGACUCGGCCACGCACCGCUUCCGUCGCUACUCCGGCGACGAAGACGACGACGACGAAGAGGACUAUCAACCGAGCACCCCCAAAGCAAAGCCGGUUCAUAAACGACAUGCCGCCAAACCCAUUCCUAUACAAAGACCCUCGUCCGCUCACAGCAGACUCUCUAUGUCGAUGGAGUCGACAGGCGCUUUCGGCCAAAAUCGUAUCGGAUCCCCUUUAUUUCAAAGCUAUCGGCCUUCUAUAUCGACGGGUCUGCUGGGGUCUCGUCGUAAUUCAGAUGGAAUGCUUAUGGAUGAUCAAGGAGGUGAUGCGGAUGCCAUGGCACUGGACAGAACACCCCGGAGAGACUCCAAGCGUCACUCGCUCUGUGGGAGGUCACUGUCCCGAAUAGCCGCCCUUCUGAAGGAUGAAGCAGACCCUUUGGACAAGGAGAUUGCACACGAGCGCGCCAUCAACACCAGCAGUCUCUCCCUUCCACCGGUUAGCUCGGAGGACACCGAUGACAUGAUAGAUGACAUAUCGCCUGAUUUGCCGGGAGGCACUUUUGAACCUGCAACACCACGUCAUACCAGACCUCUUAGCAUCAACACAAGUGAUUUCAGCCGGCAGCCUUCCACACCCGAGGACGUUCACCCGGUGACGGUCCGCACUGUCGCCAUCCCGAAUUCAGCGCUGAAAGAUCCCGCUACCUAUGUUUCGCAUUCAUCCAAAUUGAAUCCUGAAAAUAAUUUUGCGUCGAAGCAUCACGAUAUUAUGGUGGCCUCCCCCUGCCUUUCACCCAUUCAUCCUUCGAUGAUAUCAAUGUCACCAAGUGCAGUAGACAGGAAAGGGAAAAGAAAGCUGUCAACAGUCUCCACGGACUCGGAUCGGUUUGAACCAUAUAAGCGCCAUCAUCGCAUGCCAGCAUCGCCCACUCUUCAUUCGCCCACCAUAGGUCAUCCCUCCACGUCAUCCGGCAACGCCAGUCUGAACGGGGCAUCGUACUUCACAUCUCCGGCGCCUGCGACAUCAAGGUCGACAGGGGGAACCCCUCCGCCGUUUAGCCUGCCGAUACCCCUGGUCUUUCAACGUCAACGAUCACCGUCGGUCUCCAGCGCUGCAUCAAGCGGAAUUGCUGCGGCAUCAGCGAUCCCGAACUGGGCUACCGGCUUUGAACGGGCGUCGUCUGCUUCUUCUUCAAUGUCAUCUUCAUCAAUGGGAGUCACAGCGCAACCUCUAUCGGAUGCAGUGGCCGGUGGCACAGCAAUGACACCGCAGCCACAGCACUUGUUCAUGUCGGGGUCGAACUUGCAACAUAUCUUUCAACAAGGCAAUACGGCACACCCUCUGGUCAUUGCUAGUCCAAGGGCUAUGGGACAGCGACUUAAUCUCACCGGCACGCAGGAAGGCUUCACGAAAAUGAGUAUCGCCGACCCGUAACGCAUCUUCGACACCCAAGCCAGCCUCCAGAUCCGCUCACCUUCGCUCGCAAUAUACAUUUUCAAAUCCCUCACAUAGCCGAUAUAUGGCGUCUCUGUUUCUAAUUCGGUGAUUUGGUUUAUAGUAGAUACCCGCCAAGGCUCAAAGCUCUGGCAUUUUUUUUGUAAAUACAUAGUUGUUGUUGUUUCAAUCCGACGUCGCCUUCAGGCGUAUAUGAACUUCAGUUCCU